AUGAUCUUUGGAAAGAUCUCGGAAAGAGAAGAGAGCUGUGAAACGCCCGAGGGUGAGGAUGAAGGUGGCCUGGUGACGGUGACAGAGGCUUUGGAUGCUAUGGCUAUUGGGCCUUUUCAUGUCCGCCAUUUGCUGCGAAUGAUCUUUUUCUGGGCAGUGCUGUCGAUGACGCAGGAGUGCACUCCGUAUUUGUUUCCAGGCUUGCGCAAGUUCCUGCAUGCGGAUGACUGGGCAAUCGCCAGCUUCGCUGCCGCCUUUCCCCUCGGAUGUAUGGGCGCUGUAGUGUCCGGCAGGUCUGGUCGCGUUUUGAUGGUGGCCUUGUUGGUGAAGUAUCAUGGUCUUCUUCAGACCAUUGUAGCAAGCGAGAGAGAAGAAGAGCAGCAGCACAGAGGUGUCGUGGGGUCCGUUGCUGCCAGCUUCCUCCUAGACCGACUCGGGAGACGAGGGACGGUCAUUGCCAUUAGCCCCUUUGCCGUGAUCCUGGGACUAGCGAGUAUGGCAGCGCCAUCCAUGCAUGUUCUGCUUGCGUUGAGGUCGUUGCAGUCUGUGGCCUUCUCAACUACCAUCACAGCACUUAGUGCUUGGUACAUUGAGUUCCUGCCCACAAGCAAUCGGGGAAUGCUCAUGGCGGCAUACAGCCUUGGUUGGACUAACUGGGCAAGCUUUAUGGCGGUGAGUGCAGCAGGCUUCGCCAUUCUUUUCCUGACCAUGUACAUGGCAGAGGAGAGUGAGUCUCCACGCUUCCUGGUGGCAUGCGGCAAGCUGGGUGAGGCCAACGACGUCCUGGCCAAGCUUUACAGCAGCAAUCGACAACCUCCAUGGAAACCUGCACAGCUCUGCCUCAAUGUGACCGACGCUGGUGCCAAUGGCCAUCGUAGUGCUUGGUCGCAGCUGCUUGAGAAGGAAUCUCGCCAACUGCUUUUUUUUGCAUUGGCCCUCUUUGGUGUUUUGGCUUCUACCACAGUGCUGCUUGACACUUGGGGCCCGGAGCUCUACCACGCCCUGCUUGCCCCGGAAUCCCAGGAGUUGCCCACACGAAUCCUCAUGCUCUUCAACAUCGGUGACCUAUCCGGCGUUGCAAUGUCCAUCAUCAUCAUUGAUCGCAUUGGAAGGGCUGGCAGCUUUGCCAUCGGCUUCUUUGUACAGGGCGUUCUGUUAGCCAUCAUAACCUUCAUUGAUGCUACUAGCCAUCCCAUCAUGUAUAGCCUGGCGGUUCUUUGUGGCACGCUCGGUGCUGCAUGCCGCUGCUUUGGGUGGGAGUCAGCUCAGAUGUGGACGCUCGAGGCUUUCCCAACGGAAGUCCGUGCGGUCGCUUUCGGUAUAUCGACGGCAGCCAUGCGGUUGCUAUCGAUUUUGUCUCUCAAAAUGUCUUCCGAAUAUGUGCAUACUUUGAGCGCAUCCGCGUCUCUGCGCUUGCUGGCUGCGAUGCUGAUCGCUGGGGGCUUCCUAAGUACAGGACUGCUACCCAAGGAGACAGCAAAGGAGCCCAUAAGCGAGGGAGUGGUGAAUACAGGCAAACACUACUGA